AGGUUUUUUGGAGGUUUUUAUUGAGACAAGCAAAUCUAAAAAACCAAUAAAAAUGUUUCAAAGUUUUGUGUUUAAAGAGCCAUCUCCAAUAACCACAACAAUAUCUAUGGUGGCCUUUGUGUUUGUGGCCUUCUUUGGUAUAUCAGAAAUAUUUGGGAAGCAUCUACAGUUCUCCAAAUUCGUCAAUGUCAGUUCCAAUUCUAAUUCACAUAGUAAUAAUUUCUUGCAGAGCAAAUUGUCUAGUAGAAUUGGGAUGUUUAUAGUCUAUGCCCCACCUUGUGUUGUUGGCUUUGCUUCAUUUGUGAUGUACCCAAAUGGUGAAACUAGGUUUAUCAUGCUUAAAUCUGCUGUUACUAUCCAUUUCUUGAAGAGGGUUCUUGAGGUUCUAUUUGUACAUAAAUACAGUGGUGGAAUGGUUCUUGGUUCAGCACUUAUUAUAUCAUCCUCCUAUAUUACAUUGGUUGCAGUCCUAAUACAUCUCCAACACUUAAUUCAAGAAUAUACUGAGCCAAAAAUUGAUCUAAAAUAUAUUGGUUUAACAAUAUCUUUAGUUGGAAUAUGUGGCAAUUUUUAUCAUCAUUACCUCCUUUCCAAGCUAAGAGAUAAAAAAGAAAAGGGCUAUAAAAUUCCUCAAGGUGGUCUUUUUAGUAUGGUCAUAUGUCCUCAUUAUUUUUUCGAAAUUCUUGACUUUUUAGGGAUUUCAUUUAUUUCCCAAAUGUCAUUAUCAUUUUCAUGUGUUGUGGGUUCAACUUUAUACAUGAUGGGAAGGAGCUAUGUUACUAGGAAAUGGUAUAUUUCUAAAUUUAAGAAUUUCCCAAAUAAUGUAAAGGCUUUGAUUCCGUUUGUUUUCUAGACUUUAUAUAUAGUUUGAUGUAAUAAAGGGAUACUUUAUAUCCCAUUUAUGCUACUCCAUUAGAAAGCAUGAGAAGACUUUUUAUUGAGC